AUGCCAGGUAAAAGAGUUUCGUUUAAUAUAGUACAAAUGGUGUAUUACAACUAUUAUGAUGGAAAAACCAUCAGUGAGCUAUCCGAAAUGUUUUGUUUAAGUCGACAAACCAUUUAUAAUAUCAUAAAACGUGCAGAAGAUGAAGGAAGAUUGCAACCAAAUGAAGUAACUGGCCGUCCUCGAAAGUUAUCAGAUCGAAAUAUUCGAUCUUUAUUAAGAAAAGUAGAUGAAAAUCCACGAAUUUCGAUCAGAACCCUUGCGCAUGAACUUAAGGAAGAAAGUGGUGUUACUGUUUCUCAUGAAACAAUGCGGCAAGUUCUGAAAAAAAAAUGA